CGCUUGGGGCGCCCUCCGUGUCUGCCACGACGGAGGAAAAUGGUGUUCGAGUCGGUGGUCGUGGAUGUGUUGAACCGGUUCUUGGGGGACUAUGUGGUGAACCUGGACACGUCCCAGCUCACUCUGGGCAUCUGGGGAGGAGCUGUGGUCCUGAAGAACCUUGUAAUUAAAGAAAAUGCCCUGAGUCAACUGGAUGUACCAUUUAAAAUUAAAGUUGGACAUAUAGGUAAUCUUAAUCUUACAAUUCCAUGGAAAAACCUUUAUACUCAACCAGUUGUGGCUGUAUUGGAAGACAUUUAUUUACUCAUAGUGCCUUCUUCUAUAAUAAGAUAUGAUCCUUUAAAAGAAGAAAAGCAGCUCUUGGAAAUAAAGCAGCAGGAACUAAAAAGAAUAGAAGAAGCCAAACAAAAAGUAGCUGAUCAAGAAAAAAUCCUGGCGGAGAAACAAGACACUUUUACAGAAAAAUUAAUUACUCAGAUCAUAAAAAAUCUUCAAGUGAAAAUUUCCAGCAUCCAUAUUCGUUAUGAAGAUGAUAUCACAAAUCGAGACAACCCUCUGUCAUUUGGUAUUUCCCUUCAAAACCUCAGCAUGCAGACAACUGAUUCAAACUGGGUUCCAUGUCGACAUGAUGAAACUGAGAAACUAUUUCGUAAGUUAAUCCGAUUGGAUAACCUUUUUGCUUAUUGGAAUGUGAAGUCUCGGAUGUUUUAUCUNUUCGAUGUCCCAAAGUUUAAUUAA